AUGUCACCAAGGACAUUUUGGAUAAUCCUCGUGAUUAUUCCCGUAUUAACAGCAAGUUAUGCAAAAAACACCUCCAACGAGGACCCAUGUGUGGUACGCCAUUUUGAAACGGGUAAGCAUAUACAGUAAUUAUGCAUAAUAAUUAUAGACUGUUUGCAGCAUUAUUAGAAGUUACCAUUACAAACACUGCUGACUCAUGAGAAACAAUUAUGGGUUUUAAAUCAUAUUUAAAGCACCAAAUUUGGUACAGACUCUGAGACAUGACCACAUGGCAAACAAUAUUUGAUAUGGACCCCAUUGAAAUUUUUAUCUUAUACGUAAACCGGUCCUAUAUAAGUUAAUUAUAUGUUCUGAAAACGUGAAAUAUACACAGUUAAUUAUAAAGUUCGCAUAGAGUAAUUAUAUAAGACGCUUAAUUAUAAAGCGAGUAGUGCUAUUUUCUAAUCUACCGUAAACCUCCGACUACAAGACCCCCCAGAAUAUAAGUCCCCCGUGUAUAAGCCCACCACAUGUAAUCGCUGCUUAUAACACACGUUUAUUUCCCUGUUUAUGAUUGACUUGUUUAUGUCUGACUUGUUUAUUACUAACACAAAAGAUCGUCCAUGUAUAAGCCCACCCGUUACGUAUAUAAGCCCCCCCCCCUGUAUAAGCCCAUCAAAAAUCGCUUACGAAAGUAUAUAAGCCUAGGGCUUAUAGUCGGAGGUUUACGGUAUUUAAAGUUAUUUUUAAGCGCCCAACUCGUGUGAAUAAAAGAGAGUUCGUGCAUGCACUCCAGAUCUAAUUGCCAUCUUUCUAUAUAAUGGUAGCUAUAUAAAAUUAUGGAUGAUUUGUAAAAUUAAAACUGAACUUGAAUAUUUCACUUUUUAAAAUGAUAGUUCCCCAAUAGAAAAUACCAUAUAGGAUAUAUAAUGGCAACAAAAGCUAUAUUUGCCCGCUAAUUUGAAAUAUAUUGUUGAUCGAGAUUGUUCACAAAUUCGUUUUACAAAUAUUCCCAAACUAUCUAAUUAUAAUUUCCGAAAUAUUUGGAACCAAAGCAUCUUUCCAUCCGCCAUCUUGUUCUAAAUUAGAUCUAAUUAAAUGAUGUUUAAAAACUAAAAAGCUGCGUUUAAAAACUGUUUUCCCAGCUAACUCGUUUAUAGCGGCUGAAAUGCCGCGGAGGUGAAUUUCGCAUGCAUUUUCCCCAGUUGUUUCGCAAUCAACAUCAUCUCCAAACUCAAAAUUUGAAUUCGAACAAGACGCGCUUUUGCAUUUUCUUGGAUGGCUGUAAAUUUUCGACUUUGUUUUCAAAGUCAUCGUCAUAGACAGAACAUGAUUUUCCACCUGUCAAAUUGACUUUCUCGCCAAUCAAAAUGUCAAAAGACUCCAAACUUUAUCAUAGUAAGCGCGUUGAGUUUUUUAUACAUUAAAGCUUGCCGCGGUUUUUUGGUUAAAGUGUAUACACGUUACACUAUUAUUUCUUUCAAACAAGUCAUAUAAUAUUAAAGUUAUAACGUAUCAAAUUUGCCAUCUUUUAUCCUAUACAGGAUGCCCCAGCCGCGCAGAAUGCAAAUGUGAUGAAAUAAGGGCUUUUACAAUUCGCAGUCGAGAAUAUCAGGGAAGCAUAACACGACUUGAAGGUAACUAUAUAGCUUAAUCAUGUUUUUAUUGCAAAUAUAAAUGGAAUUUGUUGCAUUCGGAGUAAGGAAAGUCGGAAUAGUGUAAAAUAUUUGGGUGAUUUACUGUACAUACCAGGUGUUACUAACGCAAGGAAAGUGCCGCCUCACCCCCAAGGGAUCAAAGGCAGCAUGCACAAUUUGCUAAAUAAGGGGCUGUUUAUAUGAUCCCGCUUUGUCAGGACGAGAUGUGAGGCGGGAUAUUUUUGAUGUAUUGAAAUAAGUUACGGUGCGUGAUUCAGCAAAAACUACAUUAUUUUCUAGUAGAGAUUGAUUAUAUAUAGUUAAUUAUAAUGUAAGUGUGAUAUAAAGACGAUUUGAUUGGCUAAUGCGCGUGUUGCAUUGUGACGCAAUAAUGUACUGUGAUCUGUGACACCUCGCCUUGCUCUUUGGCCUCUUUCUCUGUCCCCCCGCUUCAUUGCUGCUUUUUAGCAAAAAGUAUAAACAAAAUUAUAGAUCUUUUAAAAUACAAAUUUAUCAGAAAGCAAGAAGCAAUAAACCAAAGGAACAAAGCAAUUUUUCUAUAGUUCUACGUGUAAAAUUAACCGGCUUGGCUUCGUCGAAUUCGUUAAUUGUUGUCUCAAUAGGUUAAUUAUGGGAAAAAGCGUGCAAAAUAACUGAGAAAAAGUUAAGGCGUAUACCAAAAACAUAGAAAAAGGCACAAAAACUGAACCUAAAUGAUGUAGAAAGUACCUUCCAUUCUUCUGAUAAGGUGUAUUUUCGGCGAAAGACAAAAAAUGGAAUAAUUAAAUUCCGAAAAUUAAAACUGAGCAAAUGAAAAACUCAGAUGCUGAAAAACUUUGACAAAUUAGUCUGUGAUACCCCGUUUUUAUUUCCAGCAUUUAACAGCAAUUCUUGAGGCUUUGUAGCUUCAAAAGUUUGCUCCUUCGCUCGCUUAAAAAUUCAAGCAAUAACACUUCCAGAAACAACGCCUCUAAACGGCGCUAAAUUCCCUGUCAGUUACUCAGGGGGGUCUAGAUUUCAAAUUUUUGGGGGAAGUCACUAAAUUUGCAACCCCAAAAUAAAUUUUCUCCCUACACCCAUGUUCCUCUAUAUAUAAUUUCCAGUCUUCCAUACAGUUUGAAGGCAUGCAUGUUGCUAUAAAAUUAUUUUGGUUCUAGUUUUAAAAAGUGUCUUUUUCGUAUAUAUCUUCGAAAAGACUAAAAUUCCAGAAAUAAUAUUAAUACGGCCAAAGCUUCUCGGGCUAAUUCUGUUUAAGAUAACUAUCUAUAUGAUUUAUCAUUCUUGAUUUAACAGCCACAUCUCCAUGCGAGCACCGUAUACGUAGAGAAUUCAUGAGUUUGGCCAAAGAGGAAAGACUUCAAUACAUCUAUGCAGUAAAAGCUGUGAGAACUGACCCACGUACCAGCAGAAAGUUUUAUGAGUUGGCAGCCUUUCACCAGCAUCAUUUCUGUGUAGAAAUUCAUUGUAAAGUAAUCUUCCUACCUUGGCACCGUUGGUAUAUUCUGCAAUAUGAAAAUCUACUUAGAGAAAUUGUUCCGAAUAUUACAUUGGUGUACUGGGAUUGGAGCGCGGUGAUGGUAAAUCCGUUUGAUAUUAAUCUUUGGGAUGACAAUGAUUGGUCAUUUGGUGGAAACGGGAAUGGUGUUAAUAAUACAGUAAUUACUGGUCCAUUUAAAGAACCUGAAUGGAAAAUGGUUCCUGGUGAUGGCCCAUUUGGUGACUUACAAUUGAGAAGAGUGUUCAGUUACACGUACCCCGAACCUGCAAUACCAAGCGCUUUACAUCUUGCAAUCCUGUUAAAAUUGAAAGCGGACGAGUUUCUGGAAAUGCUGGACGUUUUAAUAGGUUAUCACAAUAACAUACACAGCAAAGCGUUUGGGGCGACAAGUACAAUGAGUUACGCAUAUUCAAUUUGGACUCCGGAGUUCUUUCUGCAUCAUACUUUUAUCGAUAAAUAUUGGUCUGAAUGGCAAGAACAGGGCUAUGAACAUAAAUAUACCGCAUACUAUAUGAAUCAAACUCGGUAUAUGCUAGCGACACACUACCUGCCUAAAGAUUUCAUGGAUAUGAAAUACCAAGAAGGAAACGUAUGUGUAUCAUAUGAAGAUUCUACAGAAGAAUGGAUACACAAAAAACUCAGAAGUAAGUAUAUACAAUUGUUCGGAAGUAUAGCCUGCUAGCAGGCAUAUAUUUGGGUUCAAGUUUUGGCUGGAAAAAUAAACGCCUGCCCGCAUGGCUUGUCAUUUGAUAAAACGCACAACUUUUGCAUAAAACUAUCCCAUGCAACCUGCUUCACAAUUUGAGUUGUACUAUGCAAAUCAAGUACACAACUCGCCUGCGUUGUGUUAGGUGAGUUAUGUGCUUGAUUUACACAGUACAGCUCAAGCUGUGAGGCAUCCACGUCCCCAGGGCCUCUCGGCCGCGCGCGUCCUCCCUCAUAGCUCCUCAUUUUCAACGAGUGACCGAAAAUGUCCGAGUAAAAAUGGCUCUGGGGACAGAAUGGCUGUAAGCAGGAUGCACGCGACAAUUUUAGGCAAUAGUUGUAAUUGUAAUGGCCUUAAAUAUGUUUUGUAUACAAUAAUUUACCGAAUAUUAAGCGUGCAUGCCGUAACGGCGUCACUUCUUUUGGACAAUUACUUAUUGUUUAAUAGCAAACUGUGAUAAGUAAUGACUAAUAUAAACAAAAUCAUAAUCUUUUUCCCGAAAUUAAGUAACACCCGUUGAUUUAUAUUUUUCUGUUUUUUCGCGAAAUGAUAAUUAAUCGAAAAAUAUAGUCUAUAUCUUCAGUUCACCAUUCUUUUAAAAACUGCAUCAAUCCACCAUAUAACUCGUGAAAAAAAUCAGCCAUUUGAGAGGGAAUUGUGUGGUCAGGUAUAAGAUUAAAUAGGAAAUGUAUAUACACAACGCGCUCUUUUACUAUUUUUAGGUUUAACUUUGGAGCAACUAACAAGUAUCAGAGGACUGCAACUCAUAUCGUUUGUAAGAGAUAAGAGUAUAAAACAAAUAAUAUCAGAAAGAGACACACCCUUUCUUAGGAUGUAUAGUAAUUUUAUCCAGAAAAUUAUGCUUCGUAAUCCAAUAACUUUAAAAGAGCUUGCUGGUGUUGAUCGAAUAUAUGGCUUUUUCCUUAACGACUUGUUAAAAAUGUAA